AUGACUACCGAAGAAUACCGUCCUGAAAAGAAACAGGCUUCAGAAUCAAUCAUCAGUAUAGAUGAUGACAAAGCAACUACUGCUCAUAUUUCAAAUGUUGAUAGUAGAGCAGAAGUUGAUGAUUAUAUCAACAAAUUCUUGGACAUGUCCAAUACUGCUAGAGCUGAAGAUGAAAGAGAUAAAACUAUGCCUCUUAAAGAAUGUCUUAAAACUUUCCCAAAAGCUUGUUUCUGGUCUAUUGCUAUUUCCACUGCUAUUAUUAUGGAAGGUUACGAUACCAACUUGCUUGCUUCCUUUUAUGCUUAUCAAGGUUUUGCUAAGAAAUUCGGUAAAUAUUACCCAGAUCUUGGUGAAUACCAAAUCCCAGCUAAAGACCAACUUGGUUUGUCUAUGUGUUACCAAACCGGUGGUUUGAUUGGUGUCUAUAUUGGUGGUACUUUUGUCGAUGUCUGGGGUUAUCGUCCAGUUCUUAUUCCUGCUUUGAUUAGUUCUAUUGGUUUGAUUUUCAUGCAAUUUUUUGCUCCAAACAUUAGUGUCUUGAUGGCUGCUUAUGUUUUAUUGGGUAUUAACUGGGGUAGUUAUCAAACCACUUGUGUUUCUUAUGCUAUGGAUGUUGCUCCAACUACUUUGAGACUUUAUCUUACUACUUACAUUAACUGUUGCUGGGUCUUUGGUCAGUUAAUUUCUUCUGGUGUUAUUAAAGCCAUCCUGAAUCUGACGGAUCCACAUGCUUAUAGAAUUGCUUUUGCUAUUCAAUGGGCUUGGCCAUUACCAAUUGCUCUUCUUGUUUUCCUUGCCCCUGAGUCUCCAUAUUUCUUGGUUAGAAAGAAUAGAUUGACUCAAGCGAAACGUGCCAUUAGUCGUUUGUUGUCUGAAAACAAAUACAUCCCAGACAAAAAUUUGAUUGCUGAAAGUAUGUUGACUAAGAUUCAAAUGACCAUCAAAGAAGAAGAUGCUGAAUCUGAAGGUUCAUCUAUUCUUGAAUGUUUCAAAGGUACAAAUCUUAGAAGAACUAGAAUUGCUGCUUUCACUUGGUUGAUUCAAAAUAUUACUGGUUCAAGUUUGAUGGGUUACUCUACGUAUUUCUACCAACAAGCUGGUGUUGCCGUUUCCAUGUCAUUCACCUUUUCUAUCAUUCAAUACUGUUUGGGUAUCGCUGGUACUCUUGGUUCUUGGUUCUUGUCUCAAAGAGUAGGUCGUUUCCCAAUCUACUUUUACGGUUUAUGUGCUAUGACUGUUCUUUUAUUCCUUACUGGUGGUUUAGGCUGUGCUAAAUCCAAAUCUGCAUCCAUGGCAACUGGUAGUAUGCUUUUGAUUUACACUUUUGUGUACGAUUUAACCAUCGGUCCAAUGUGUUAUUGUAUUGUUGGUGAAAUUCCAUCUUCUAAAUUAAGAGCUAAAACUGUCAUGUUGGCAAGAAAUUUGUAUAACGUUGCUGGUAUCAUCGUUGCUAUUGUUACUCCUUAUAUGUUGAAUCCUACUGAAUGGAACUGGAAAGCUAAAUCCGCUUUCUUGUGGGCAGGUAUUGCCAUUGCUUCAGCUACUUGGGUUUAUUUUGAAUUACCAGAAACGAGAGGUAGAACAUUUGCUGAAUUGGAUAAAUUAUUUGCAGAAGGUGUUCCAUCUAGAAAAUUCAAAACUACUUUCCCAAAGACUUUUGAUGCUGGUGAAUUAAUGGAAAAAAUGGGUAAUGAAGGUGUUAAAGCCGUUGUUAACGACACUGAACAUGUUGAACAUGUUGAUGUUGAAUCAAGAGCUUAA